AAGGAUGGAAUCAUAACGGAGAACGAUUGCAAAAGUUUGACGGUCUCUCAAAUGAAACACUCGACUCGUCCCGUCUUGGCGGGUUCUGUGUUAUGUUUUGUUUUCUGAGUUGAUCAUACAGAAGAGGACCGCAUGUCCACCAUGUUUUCCAGAUUCUUCUGCUACCUCUCUUCUGGUUGCAAGGUCUCUCUGUGGGUUUCGUUGAUUGCAGCAUCCUGAGGACUCAAACAUCAUGCGUCUAUCGAAUCUUCUCGCCGUGGCUGCGGCCCUUCUGGGUGCCGAUGUCCAUGCCGAAGUCGCAAAACUCCCACUCCCCAAGAGCUGUAGCGGAGUCCCAAACAUGCGCUACCAAUACACUAUCGACCCCGCCUGGACCGUUAUGAAGAUCGCUGGCAGCUUGAAGCAAGUACGAACCAUCAUAUGGGACACCGAGGGCAACAUGCUCGUCCAGCAGAACACCAGGGGCGUUUCCGUGCACACCUUUGGUGACGACGGCUGCAUCAACAGCACAAACAUGCUCAUCUCCGGCGGUGGUCUCAACCACGGCUUGGACUUGACUCCCGACGGCAAGACCCUCUACGCAUCUUCGGAAACGACUCUCUACAGCUGGACGUACGAUCCCCUCACACGCAAGGUCAGCAACCAAAAGACCGUUGUCAAGGGUAUGUCGACGGGUGUGCACUCGUCUCGUACCGUCAAAGUUGUUCCAGGUCAGCCGAACCUGGUCCUGUUGCAAGUGGGAAGCAAUUCCAACCUCGACAUGGCUGCGCAGCAACCGUCUAAUGGCCGUGCUUGCAUCAAGGUCUUUGACAUCGACAAGGUCCCAUCGGGUGGGUACAACUAUAACACACAGGGCGACAUGUUUGGGUACGGCUUGAGGAACGAGAUCGGCUUUGUCCCCGAUCCAAACGGUGUCUUCUGGGGUGUCGAGAACAGUGGUGAUGACUUUGCCCGCACCGAGAACGGUCAGCGUAGGGACAUCCACACCAACAACCCAGCCGAAAAGCUCAACAACCUCGGCGACCCCCGCACCGUCCGCAAUGCCUGGUACGGCUACCCAACCUGCUUCUCAGUCUGGGACCCUUCCUCCUUCACCAACGGGCUCAAAACCGGGCAACACUUCGUCAUCGCCCCGAACUCCUCCUACAACGACGCCACCUGCAACGGCAAGGCCAUUGCCCCCCGACUGACCUUCCAAGCCCACUCCGCUCCCAUCUGGAACACCUUUGACGACGAGGCGAAGAACAUGUACGUCACCUUCCACGGAUCAUGGAAUCGUCAACCCCCCACGGGCUUCAAGGUCGUGCAGGUGCCCUUCACGAGGUUGGCGGAUGGGAGUUAUGAUCCGGUUGCUCCGGCGGAUUCCAGGACGGGGUAUGCGGAUAUUUUUUCGGCGACUAAUCCGGGGAGCUGUACGGCGAACGGGUUGACGAUGAGUAACUGCUUCAGACUGACGGCUGCUAGUUGGGAUCCGGCGGGGCGGGGACUGUUUGUGGGUAGUGAUAAUAGUGCUGAGGGUGAGAUUUAUAUCUUGAGUCCGAAAUCGUAAGUUGGGGAUCGGUAAGUGAAGGAGAUAUAAGCCUCUUGAGAUUUAUAGUUUUUGCGCAAGGUACAGCUUGGUACGUCAGGCAGGUUGUUUCCAUUUUGUCAACCCUUGAGACUUGAUAAUUACCCGCAUUCACUCCAGCCGCGUACACCAGCCUUUGACUAGGUACCUACG